CGAACCACCCAGCUACCGCGGCCAGGCUGGGCUCUGGACGCGGGUGGCACAGCCCGCCCGGGACGCUGGUGGGGAAAGACGCCGGCAGAUGGCCUGGCCACUGAUGGGAGGAGCCUUCUCCUGCCUUUGGGAACCCGAGGCCUUUCCGCGCCGGGCUUGGGCGCCCGCGGAUGCCCGCCUAACGGUCGGGCUCAGGUGCACCCGGGCCGGGCGUGGCCGGCAGUCCGUAGGCCGGUCUCGGGGAGAUGCGCUGGCGGUGACGGCGAGGCGCCCAGGUCGCUGCUAGCCCCAGACACGCCUGCUCCCAGGCCAGGAGCCCGGUGAGCCCGCCCAUAGCUCCUUUACCCGAAUCUGGGCCUGGAACGAACAGCAGGAGCCGUAAAAAUCUGACCUGGAACGGCCACGAUGGCAUUAGCUCUGUGUCUGCAGGUGCUGUGCAGCCUGGGGGGCUGGCUCUCGCUCUACAUUUCUUUCUGCCACCUGAAUAAGCACCGAAGCUAUGAGUGGAGCUGCCGGCUGGUUACAUUCACCCAUGGAGCCCUCUCUAUAGGCCUCUCAGCUUAUAUUGGCUUCAUUGAUGGCCCUUGGCCUUUUACAUACCCAGGCUCACCCAAUACACCUCUCCAAGUGCACAUUCUGUGUCUCACCUUGGGCUACUUCAUCUUCGACUUGGGUUGGUGUAUCUACUUCCAGUCUGAGGGAGCCCUGAUGCUGGCUCACCACACGCUGAGUAUCUUGGGCAUCAUCGUAGCCCUGGUGCUUGGAGAGUCAGGCACAGAGGUCAAUGCAGUCCUGUUUGGAAGUGAGAUUACUAAUCCCUUGCUACAGAUGCGCUGGUUUCUUCGUGAAACAGGGCACUACCACAGUUUCACUGGAGAUGUGGUGGACUUCCUCUUUGUGGCUCUGUUCACUGGAGUGAGGAUAGGCUUAGGAGCUCACCUCCUUUUCUGUGAAAUGGUCUCACCCAAGCCCAAGUGGUUUAUGAAGGCUGGGGGGAUAGCCAUGUAUGCUGUGUCUUGGUGUUUCAUGUUUAACAUCUGGCGCUUUGCAUGGAGGAAAAGCAUCAAAAAGUACCGGGCAUGGAGAAGCAGGCGGAGUGAAGAGCAGCAACUAAAACAUAAUGGACAUCUCAAAACGCACUAGCCAAGUUUUACUCCAGCUAAUGGAUUGAGUUAAGUCAUCCAUGGGAACCAGGUUAGAAAUAUGGCUGUUAUGGAAUCAUGCUUAUAUAACAAACUUAGGUUUCAAAAAGGGCUAAAUUUAUCAAACAGUUUUGAAGUGGAGCACAUACCAGUAUUAUAACACUAACUUCUACAGUGGUACAUAGUUGUAGAAAGUGAGACUAAUCAGUGGUAGUUGUUGAGUAAGUCAGAACUGCAUUCCUUUCCUUUGUGGUGAUCUGGGUCCUUUUGUCCCAUGGGAGGCUUGACGUUCAGUCAGCUUAGAAAGGAACUCUGAAAAGAUUAAUGCUGUGUCCUCCUUAUUUCUUUGAAAAGUGACUCUUUCAACAAACACAGUUCUGCUUUCUAUGUAGCAAUUUAAAUAAAUUCACCCCAUUUACUAUAAAAUGAGGAACUUUUAGGAAGAUACAUGGCUUUGGCAUUUUGAGCAUUGGAUCAAGGACCUAGAUCCGCUUAAACAAGGGGAGGUGGAAGGAUGAAAGAAGGAUGGGGGUGAAACUGAGCCUCCCUAUACAAACUGUAUUGGGGUGUCCAAGACCACUCUUAGGUUUGGUACUUCGCCAAGAGGACCCCCAGGACUCAGCGUGUAGUUGUACUCAUAGUUUUUUUUAUUAUUAUUACAGUGGAAAGAUCAGCAAAAGGAAAAGGUGCCUAGGGCAGAAUCCAGGGGAAACCCAUUGGGAUCAUACAGGAUGUACUUAAUUCCUGUAGCAAUGAUUUGUGACAAUGUGUGUGAAACGUAUACCAAGGUCGCUCCUUAGAGACUCAGUGCCCGAGGUUUUCAUUGGGGUCUGGUCAUACAGGCAGCCUUCGCCUGGCAUGUAGCAAAACUCCUGAUUUCCAGGAGGAAAAUAGGUGUUCAGCAUAAACCAUAUUCUUUGUACAGUUUAGGCAAGUAAGCCAGGCUUACCAGUUAAUGGUUGGAGCCCUCCCCAAAUCUGUGUUCCCAGAUGCCAGACAAGGGUCAACCUUUCCAAGGACAGCACUUCAGGCCUGUUAACUCUUUUCUGCACAAAAACCAUAGACCUGGGUCUUGGAUGAGAGAUGAAUGAGGUGCGCGCAGAUUUACCGAGUCUUAUGUGGGUUCUGCUCUACCAGGGAAACCAUGCCUGUUGUCGGGUUUGUGCGUUAAUCUCCUAGGCAUGAGAGGCUGUGACUAAAUUCCACAGGGAUUUAUCGUGUGGCUUCCACUGUGCUUGAAAUGGCAGUUCAGGCUUCAGGUCUGCUAUACAUACUGCAAACUGGAACCAAAGACUAAAGUGUGUACUGGCCUCAGGGUGAGGAGGCUUUUUUCCUUCCCCCCCCUUUUUGGAUACAUACCCUUUUAGUCUUCUUACUAUUUGUUUUCUCUGAAAAAAAAGUGCCACUAUCUGUGGACAAAAUACUAGGCAUUCUUGGAAGGAAAGAAAAAUUCUUAGUGUGAUACUCUCAAAUCUCAUCUAGGAGAAAAGCAGGAAUAUAAGUUAGAAUAAGAGGUUUGGAAUCAAGAAUUCCUGGGUUCUUUUGAAGAAUUUUGCUACUCACUUGCCAGAUCAUAGGGCAGUUCACUUGUUUACUCUUUGCCUGGAUUAAAUCCUGUUGUGAAUGAAUGAAAUACCCUGUUGCGUAUUUCAGAGACAUUAUUUUAAUAAUGGAGGUCUUUAAUGUAGGGCUUUUAUGAAAAAAUUAAGUAUUAUUUAUAUAUUAUUUAUUUGAUUAUGUUAUUUAGAUCAGUGGUGAUGGGCAAGCAAGUGUAUGGGGCCAUUAAAGUUAAAGCUGAAGGUCAGUAGGAAAUGUCAGCCCAUUCUAUGGUCACUGGUAAUACUAACCUUAUGAGUGGUCUUGAAAAUCGGUGUCAUUGACCAGGCAUGGCAGAGUGGUUGGAACCACAUAAAGGUGUCAUUGCUCCCAGCAAAGUAACUUUAAAGGCAUGUUAACAGUGGGUCUCUUAAAAUGACUCAAUGUGGUUAAAGAGUUUUGGUGGACAUGGAAAUAAUCUCACAGUAAUAUGUCCAUCUCUUUUUUUCUAUGAUCAGUAUCCCUAAAAUGCUAGUUUCAACAAAAUUGUGGUCCAAGUAGAAAAUGCUGAUUUUAGCAAAAGCCUAGUUAAAAAGUGUGGCUUGGCGCAUGAGCUUAACAAGAAAAAGCUGGCUCUUGAAUUUUGGCACAGUGCAACCUGUUCCAUACUAGACAAAUGAAUAGGCUUAAUUUGGUACCAAUUCUUUUCUCCUUACUCUUCAGAAGGGAAGGAAUUGCAGAUAUUGCUCUUUGGGGGUACUCUCGUGGGAAUGUAUGAGGGUCUUUUGAAUUUUUAGAAACCUAAAGAAUGAUAAGGACAAGAGAAUCCCUCAUUUCAGCUUUUCUUGAUAUUGUGGCUAAUAACUAUGAAGGAACCUCUCUGAGAGAAAAAUGUGAACUGAAGAUGACUUAGCAGUUAAGACGCUGAGAUUUUACAUAACAGGUAAAUGAAGGGUAAUUAACAUCGUGGUGUGUUCAGACAAAAUGAAGUACUCAUUUGCAUUUGGGUUACUAUGUAAUAAUGAACACUGUUCAAGAGGAU